CCCGAGCCUCUAACGGGGAAGGGCUGUAAAUUCGUUGGCGAUAUGUCUUCGUUGGUUAAAAUCGAGCUCGGCCCAAUAAUUGGGUGAUCCAACAUGAAAUACUAUAACGGUAUAACCCAUCCAACUUUUCAGCCCAUUUACGUAUCCGUUUGCAGAAUAGAGAGGAGAGGAGAGGAGAGGAGAGGAGAGAAGAGACCAGAGAAGGAGAGAGAGCAAUGGUGGCAAUUUGGGAAGAAAUCGAGCUUUCUGAAAGCUACCUUGUUUGCUGUAUGUUUGAGGAGGCAGCGACAAUGGCUUCCUCUGUUCUGAAGCAUGUAUGUGACAAUAAAUCUACUGAUGUUAGAGAAGAUGAUCAACUGUAUGACAUAAUGGAAUCAGCUGGUAUGGUGUUGGUUCAGUCCUUAAAGGAACUUGGGAGGACACUGGAAAUACUGAAUGAGCUUAGGCAAUUAUUUGGUUCAGUUACGGCUAUCCCCAUUCAAGUUCUUCUUGCUGGGGCAUGUUUUGAAAUAUCAGAAGGUUCUACUUUUGGUGUUAAACAAUUUCUUGAGGAGUUCCUUGGCAAAUGGAGGUAUGUGGAUGAACAAUACUAUGUUCCUGCUGGCAGAGAGCCAAAUGUGGUUUGUAUGGGAGGAUGUGAUAGGAGUUUUACAUUGGGAAUUGGUGAGUACCUUGAAGUCGUUGAUGUCUAUGUUGUGACACUUCUUGGGAGUGUUCUAAAUGACAUGGAACAUGCUUUCUCUUGGGUUGAGAAAGCUGAAUUACCUGAGGAAAAAAGAAAGGAACUUUUGAUGACAUUACACUCCCUUCACCCCCCUAAAGCCAAAUUAUCACAAGGUUCCUUGUCAAAUUCUCUAGUGGAUGAUCAUGAAGCUCAUUGUUCUUCUUCAAAAGAAGUAAUUCUAUCUGAGGGACACCUGAAAGGCUUGAAGCCCCAACACCCACCAACCAAUGGAGAGAAGGAUAGGAGAACAACAGUUCUAAACUUGUCCAAACGAAUGGAUUCAUGUUUCUGGUGGUACCGUUCCAUCACUCUGAAGCUUGGCAAUACUCGGGUGGUCAUAUCCAAUGGAAAGAUUAUGCUGGGCUGUUUGAUCUUUCUAGUAUAUUACAUUUUUCGAAGGAAACGAGCUACUUUAAAGAGGAUUGCUAGCAGACAAGCUUCCUCCAUGAAAGAGGCUUUGACCAGCUUGUGGCAGCUUGCCUUCUCAUACCAAGUAAACCCCCUAGCAGCCCUUCAACCCCUCCCUGCUGCAGCACCCGGAAACCGGUCAUGAAGCUUUUUAUUACAGCUUUCUUUCUCCAGAAAACCGUGUGCUUCAUCGACUGAGGGAUGGAGGUUUUGCCUUUUUUGUGAACCUUAAAUAAUUCCUGGAAAUCGUAAUAGAUAGAUAUAUUGGGGGCAUGGGCCACACUGGUAUGCAUUGUCGUAAGAUUUAGCCCCAUUGUUGUCAUAAAUUCAUAGUGUUUUGUUGAUAUUUAGCAAAAAAUAGAAAAGGAUGAUGUCAAUUUUUUCCA